AUGCCAAUCAAUAUUUAUUAUAAGCAAUCAGAAAGUGAUAGUUAUGUAUCAAGAAGACUUGCUAUAGGUGUUACUCUUUUCUUUCUUUACCUAGUCCAUUUUGCAAUUCAAGCACUUGCUUAUUUUCCAGCAGAAGGAAAAAUACAUAAACAUAAAUUAGAUCAUUUAUCAAAAAAAAUAUAUCUUUACGCAGUAGCAGUUUUGAUAUCUUAUAAUUAUCUUCAAGGAGGUGUUUUUGAAGCUAUAUUAUCUUGGUUUACAUUAAUCGUUGUUCUUCUCUUGCACAUGACUGUCUUUAAGAGCUUUUCUGAAGCUAGAGCUGGUCUUGAAAAUAAGUUAUGGGUAUUUUAUUAUGUAAUGAUGUUCAUUUUCUACAUAGGUAUAAUCAUAGAUUUUUACAUGAGUCCUUCUUGA